ACGGCGGAUGUAUUUCACGAAACGCAAUACUGCGGGAACAUACUGCGGUGGGAGUAUUCAGAAGAAGUAAUUAUCCGGGCCGCUGUCCUUCUCAAUUAACCUUGUAUUACUUCAGAAGUCUUUUGUAAGCCGAUUACGCGUUAUGGUAAAAUUUCAAAGAACAUAAAGAAGACUUGGCAAGAAAAAAAUCGAAUUAACCAUGAGGUUUUUUUAAUAUUUAUGCUAGUCGAGGAUAAUACAAUUCAUUGCACGAAAUUAUAAUUGUGCUUUUCACGUAUCACUCGUCACUAAACUGUACCAACUUCUUGGACAGCUUCCGUUGCUCUGCACGUUAUUAAUUUGACACUUGAAAUAGCUAUUAUUUGAAGAACAUGGACUUGAAGUCGCCAUAUCUUGGACGACAAACAACGGCUGCAAAAUUGCUCUCAUAAUUUGGCGAAUAUCGUUUGAGUUUAUAGAGGGGACUUAUACGAAGGCUGCAGUUCACUAGACCUCCAAAAGACAGAAAAAAUAUUUGGUAAAAGUGUUCAAUGUGUGGAGCACUUGGAGGACGUAAUCAAAAUAGAGUUGUUCCUGUUUCUGAUCUACCAUCGGAAAGAGUGGAAAUACGAAAAGACAGGUGGCUGAGAGUAGUGCAUUACAAACCUCGAAUAUCGAGAUCUGAUAGCGGUUAUAGCCGCGACGAUGUACAGUCUAACCGCUCGGCUCAUUCAGCCGGUUCAGCCACGUCUGGGGCUGGUGAUCCUGAUUACCAGAGGAUCAUUGUGAUAUUUUUCAUACAUGGAGUUGGUGGUUGCGCUGAUCUUUGGUACGAACAAGUACAAUACUUUUGCAAGGCGGGGUACGAAGUUGUAGCUCCCGACCUGCUGGGACACGGGCAAAGCUCUGCACCGAACAAUAUCGCAGAUUACGAAUUUUCAGAACUUUCUUAUGAUUUGCUUCGUUUAUUUGAUCGAUACCACAAGAAGAGGAACGUUUUGGUGGGACAUUCGUACGGGGCAUCAUUUUGUGCAGUAAUUGCAUGUGAACGUGCUCGUCUGGUGUCCAAGAUGGUCCUUAUUUCUGGUGGUGGUCCUACACCACUUGUGGGUGUUGGUACUUGUGACAUGUUCUGCUUACCAACACUUCUUCUGUCUUGUAUCAAACCUGUGUUUUUGUCUGUCUAUGAGAGGAGGGCCUACAAUAGUGUGAGAGCAAGAUCGCUUAGGAGGAAAGUUAAAGCCUUUAGUGCUCCACCUUUUGUAAUGAAAGCUGUCAUGGCAGGACAGGUGUGGGAAGAUGGUGAUGAGUCAUAUCACCAGGAACUAAUGGUGCCAGCAUUGUUGAUAUAUGGUGCACAGGAUAAAUUUGUUACUCUUGAGGAAGAACAGUGGAUGCAAGAGGUAAUAUACAGUUCAUCGUUAGAGGUCAUUCAAGAUGCAGGCCACAUGGUUAUGGUGGAGUCUCCUGUGAGAGUGAACUGGUUAAUACAUAACUUUCUCCAGCGUGAUGCCACCACUAGAUCCCUGCAUAAUGUUGGUAGUCAGUACUUUAAUUUUUCCUCAAAGGGAUCUCUUCAUGUUGCAUCAAAGGACAAACCAACUCCUUCUCGUAAUGAGGCUGAACUUCAAACAGUCUCUGAAAGUGUCAAUGAAGGAACCAGACGACGCUCAAGUGGAAUGGCACUAGAACCUUCAGCUGAAAACUCUUUCAACAUUGGAAACUCACAAGCUUCUCUUAGUGUUCUAGGAAAUAAAGCAUCUACAAGAAUGUUUUUGACAGAUGACGUGGAGGAAAUCUCACGAUUGCUAACAGAAGGCUCUGAAAUUUGUCUAGAAAUUCCACAGAUGGGUGUCAUUGGCAAUAAUUCUUCUCAGGCUGAAACUGAAGUUAACACAAUGCAAGCCUCAACAAGUGAUUUUUGGUACUCAGAAGGCUCCCUUAGGCACGAUAAGGAAUCAGACAAAACUAACAUUAGUAUGGUAGUGAACAGUUCACUGCAUCCAAGUUUAGGUGAAGCAGUUCAUAUAAUGAGACCUCAAGCAGGUGUAGCGUGGACGAAAAACAGUAUUGGUUCCCGCACAUCAAGGAGAUCUUCACUUCAAUCAUUUCUUAGGCCUUCUAGUAAGAUGGAGCUGAAAGGCUCUAAAAGUGCACCUUCAUCUCCAGCAAGGGAAGGAUCCACAGAAUUUAAAAAUAAGUCUGUCCAGUAAUUUGAUAAUGACUUCAUUAAUUUCUCAUAUUUAUUUAAUGUCAAGUUUAAUAGGAUAUACAUCUAAAUUUUGGUCAUCAUGUACACUUAAGAUUCUCGUAAAGAGUAAUUUAUUUGGCAGAAUAUUUGCACAGUAUUUAUCUUGAAUUUAUUUGCAAAUGCAGUCGUCAUCAUCUAUGGCAUCUUCAGGAAGCUGAUGUUCAGUUCAAAGUUUGCCAUACUUAUAAUAAGUAACUUUAUUACACGACUCGGGCAGUCAGAGGGCCAAUAACUAAAAUCAACCAAUCAAAAUGCUCUAUUGCCAAUAUU